AUGUCAUUGAUUCGUUCAGCAAGCGGCCCAGCAGGUGGUUUAAGCAUCAACACUGGUGCUGCUAACGCCUUCGGAACCGCCGCUUCUAAGCCCUCUGCCGCUGGUAGUCUCUUCGGUUCUUCUACAACCUCUACACCCACCGCCAACACAACAACAGCGCCAGGCGCAACAGGCACCAUGUCUCUCUUUGGCAACGCUGCGCAAAAGCCUGCAACAGGCGGUCUGUUUGGACAGUCGACGGCAGCGACAACAACUACGCCUGCAGCUGGCGGCGGUCUCUUUGGCGCUGCCGGCGCAACAAACACUCAACAGACCCAGAGCACAGGUACUGGGCUCUUUGGCAACACUGCUACCAACAACACCCAACAACAAGCGCAACCUACAACGACCGGCACCAGCCUCUUUGGCCAAUCUACCCAAAAUCAAACUCAGCAGCCUCAACAAACAGGCACAGGUCUGUUCGGCCAAUCUACCGCAACAAAUACACAAAGCAACACAGGAGGGCUUUUUGGCCAAUCUCAGGCGAAGCCCGCUACAGGCACCAGUCUGUUCAGUGGUCAAACACAGCCUCAGCAGAACAACACCCUUGGUCAAUCCACAAACCAAGUCUCAGCCGUUCAAAUCAACUACGACAGCAUCCGCCCCCGUACCCGCUUCGAUGACCUCGCUAAGCCCGUACAAGAUGAAAUUGCGUUGCUGGACUUGGGUAUCCAACGAGUUAUCAAGAUGCGAGACGAGAUUGGCGAGUUUAUGCCCCAGCACGAAAAGGAUAUUGAGCAACUGGGCUUAGACGUGAAAUUUGUCGAGUCAAAGUUUCGAACUGUUCAAGUUGCCCUCAACAACGAUAUUCAGACCGUCAAGGCUCUCCAGGAUCAAACCCGAAAGAACGCCGCCGAUGCCCGACUAUGCUUCCGAGGCGCCGAUAACCUCAAACUCCCGACACACUAUCACCAAACUGGUCUUUUCGCCAGCCAGGCUCCAGCUGCUGAUUCUGGAGGCGCAAAUGCUGCUUCGACACAUGCGGACGCCCAAGAUCUGAUCACCUACUUCAACCGUAUCUGUGACGAUAUUGAAAAGUACAAGGCUCGUCUCGAUGAGUACCGAGGUGAUAUUGAGCGAGAUAUGCCUGGUGUUGAGAACGGCCUUUAUGAGCAGAUCCGAGCUCUACGCGACCGCAGCGCAGGCAGCGUAGUCGUCCAGGAUCAACUGAACGAGGUUUUAUUGGCGCUCAGAGAUACGGGAAGCGCGAUUGUUUCCCAGGCUGGACAGAUUGCCGACACUCGAGAACGGCUAUCGCGCCUCCAGGCUGGAAUCGUGGACAGUGGAGUUUACGCCAUGGGCAUGAAUGCGUAG